AUGUCCUACGCGGAACCUGUUAUCAACCCUAAAGAGAAUCCUUUCCGGAAGAUUGGUGCUGGCGCUUGUGGUGCCGUUUUUGCACAAGAGGCGAGGCCCCUGGCUAUCAAAUUAGCCAAGACGGACGAUCAGAUGGCACUCGAGAACGAGUAUCACAAACACGAGUUGAUCGAACAACAAUUCCGCAAAUGGGGCUUUACGGAAGUCAGAAUCCCAGACUGUUUUCUAUUUAUCCCGAGAGAAGACGAAGGCAGCCUACAUUUCAGCCAACGUCCAGAUCUAGUCGCGGCAGCCAAGGCUGUAUGCCAUCUGCCUACCAGCGCCCUAGUCACCCAGAGAAUCGAUCCGUUGUGUAAACGAGCCCGGACUUUGUUGAUCGACAAGUAUUGUCUGCCACGGAUCAAAGAAGCUGCCCAUGGAGAUGCGUCGAACAGAGAUUGCUUAGUGAGAGUAUACCUCGGUUCAUUGGAAGGCAAAGGCGAAAGGCUUUUUUUCUCUUUGCGAAACAUUAAGAUGCAUCUCAACCAAAUGGUAGACCUCCAGUUAUACGUCAACACGAUGGCCAGCAGGAUGGGGGUUGCCAUGGCUCUUAUGCACUGGGCGGCUGAAACAGACGCCCGUGAUGUUGAAUUUGUUCUCGGCAGUCAUCCGGAGAGGGCUGCACCUACCUUGAGGAGCACAGAACUCUGGGUCUUAGACUUUAACCAAGUCCAGUCGAUUACGAUGGAUGAAGUCGGGGUGGCAAAGGCUGUUGAGGCGGUUUGGGUCAAUGACCCAUAUCUUCCAAGGCCUCUCGGGGAUUCUCAAUUUGAAAAACAGGCAUGGAAUGCUUUUGUGAGCAAUUACAUCAUGGCAGCGGACAUUAUCCUGAGAGAAGGCAAGGGACAUUUGCUGAGGUUACCGCGGAUGUUUAUUCGAGGGCUUAUUGAGCGACAUGAAACACAGGGGAGGAUGAAGCAGCAAGCAGAAGAGAAUAGUAAGGAGAAAUAUUCUUCAGUUAAUAUAAGUAUUCGUAUAGCAGACUAA